AAUUAAUUAAAAAAACCGUAAGAAGAUAUGUUACCCCCAAAAUUUCCCCCCAUUUCCCUCUCCUUUCGAGUCCAUUUCUAAUCUCGAAAGUAUUUGAACUCUCGAACUCCGAUCUCAUCAAAAUCUCAGAUACUCUCUCCGAUCCUUCACUCUCUUUCAUCAAUUAGGAAAUUACCCCCAAUUAAACGACUCCAUCUUUGAUCGAAUUUGCAGAGGUUAUGAGCACCAAUUCGUCUUCAAAGCGAUGCACGAGGAGGAGCUCCAGGGUUUCUCCUGCAGAGGCUGUCCCCAGAACUGCGGCUCAGAGUUCGCGCCCUCAUCUUGAAGCCAGCGAUGAUGAGGUUCAGAUGUGGUCCUCUCCGAGAAGAAUUCCUCAGGCGAGGAAUCAAUCUAGGAGGAGAAAUCGUCCUGUGAUUGUAGUUGUAGAUGAUGAGAGAGAAAGUCAUUCAGGGACUCGAGGGAUACGUGUAAAUGGUCCUGUAACUGUGGCCACCGUCAAUCAUCGAAACAAGCGUCAAAGGAUUCCACCAAACAGAACCAUUAUUAAUUGCGAAAAUUAUCCAAUAUCUGAAGAUGGUCCAAGUUCCAAGAGCAAAAAAGUGAGCACGCCAGUGCCGGAAAAGGUGGUACCGAAGGAGCCAACUUUCGGUUGCCCUAUUUGCAUGGGCCCGAUAGUUUCACCAUGCUCAACAUCUUGUGGCCAUAUCUUUUGUGAAGGUUGCAUCAAGUCUGCGAUCGAAGUGAAGAGGCUAUGCCCCACCUGCAGGACCAAACUGGCAAAGAAAAACAGCUUUCACAAAGUGUUCCUUCCUAGCGCCACCAACGACUAGGUUGAUUCCGGCUUAGGUUCUUCUGAGGGUUUUGCUGCAGUUUUGCUGCAGUUGGAAGCUAAAGGUUUCUUGUCUUUCAUGUAUUUUGUCAGUGUUGACCUUUCGUGUUCUGUAUUCAUAGCGUUUUCUCUUUUCCUUCUUUUUAGGCCAUUUCAUUCAAUAUGCAGUUGAAGCUCAGUAUCUGUUUGUUGUUUGAAAUGAAUAGCAGAAAUCAUUAGUAAUCUUUUCUCUUAUAUUUAUAGUAAUAAACCCAGUAUCGUCUUUAAUUUA